AUGAGGAUCACUCGGGUGGUUCUCGUCUCGCUGCUACUGGCUCUUCUCCUUGCGACCAGUGCGCUGGGAAAGAAGGACGGCGGAAACGGCAACGGUAACGGUAAUGGCGGCGGCAACGGGAAGGGCGGAGGCAAAGGUGGCGGGAAGGGCGGCGGAAAUGGCGGCGGCAACGGGAAGGGCGGAAACGGAGGGGGGUGGAAGGGGCCGAAAUUUCCGGGUGGUGGGAAAGGAAAGGGCAAGAUCGCGGGAGCGGCGUCAGCGACGCUACGCGGAGAGCAGGUGGUGGAUGCUAGCGGGAACUCGAUUGGCGAUAAGGACGCCACAGGGGUCAUCGAUCUCGUGCUCGUCAAGUAA